AUGAAACUUAAUACAUUAGUUGUUGUAUUAUUAUUAUUAAUAACGAUAUCAUUUGUAUUUGGAGAAGUAACAAAAUCAAAUGAAACCAGUGAAAAAGAUAAAAUCAAUGAAUAUCGAAAAAGAUCAAUUAAUAGAUUGAAUAAAUGGUCGAGAUUCUAUAAAAAGAACCCUUUAUUCUCUGUUCAAAAAAAGUUAAUUAAAGAUGAGCAAGAGAUUUUAAAGGAAAAAGAUAGAAAAGAGGAUGAAUAUGGUGUAUUUGCCGAUGCAAAGAUUGAAAGUGGAACAGAGUUACUCGCAGUCAAAUGGACAAGUUGUCUAAGUGUAGAUACUAUUCAAGUGGAACAAAGAGAUAUCUUUGAAAGAAUGGUUCACUUUAAUAUGGCACAAGAGGAUAUAUUAGCGGUUGGUUUAAUUAUUUACAAACAUUGUAUGGCCAAAGAAACAUUUAAUCUAAAGGAAUGGGUUACUUCAUUACCAACCCACUAUGAUACAUCCUUGUACUUUGACGAGAAAGAGAUUGAAUACCUUGCUGGUUCACCUGCCUUUGUAGAUAUCAUGGUUGAGAAAGAGGUAGCAACCAAACUCUACGAUCAAUUAUCACAAACCCUAUUCAAAGAUAAUGUGAUCUUGGAAAUGUGUCAAGGUCAAUCAACCAUCAUCGGUUGGGAUCAAUUUAGGUGGGCACAUUCAACCAUUACAGCUCGUAAAAUUUAUGUCACCGAUCCAGAUAGUGUAGGCUCCGAUGGCAAACAAAUGAAAUUAUCACCUGUGGUUCCACCAAUUGUUGAUUAUUUCAAUCAUGGCAAUCAACCAUCAGCUGAGAUCGAUUACAAUGAAGAGUUGGGUUCUGUCGAUGUAAAAGCCAUCAAAGAUAUUAAAAAAGGUGAAGAAAUAUUUGUAAGCUAUGAUCAUCACUAUUGUGGAAGUGAUCUUUUAGUGGACUAUGGUUAUUUACCCAACCAAAUUGAUGAUAAAUCUUGUGUAAAUGUUUUAAUGGAAGAAUUAUUAGAAACAAUUAAUCUUGAUGAUCCAAUUAAAGAUGAUAAAUAUUAUUUAGUUAAUAAAUUAUUAGAAACCAAAGAUAUAAAAUUAAAGAUUUCAAUGGAUUCAUUGACAGAGGAUUUAUUAAAGAUUUCAAAGUAUAUGUCAUACAAGCAAGAAUCGUUAUUGGAAUAUUUAAAGAGAUUGGUAUCAUUAAAGAUUGGACAUUAUCCAACAACAAUCAUACAGGAUAAAGAGUUUUUACUUUCAAAAGAGUAUAAUCAACUUUCAGCACGUUCCAAAUUGGCCUUUAAUUUGGCUUUUCAAGAAAAACAAAUCCUUUCCAAUGUAUAUACAAAACUUCAAGAAAAUAUAGAUACAAUCGAUAGUAAAGAUAGUAAAGAUAGUGUAGAUAGAAAGAUUAAAGAUGAAUUAUAA